AUGUCGCAGAUACCCUACGGUUCCAACGAUCGUUAUCAUGCAACCGCUCAGAGUGACGACGAUAACAUCCCCGACCCCCGCCGUUCCUCUGCACCGUCCUUCAUGAACUCCUUGCCCAAUCCUUUCCGAGCGCUGCGAGAAUCCGGCGCACGACUGGCCACCCGCCUCGGUCGUCCGACGGAUGGAGGGGAUGCUCUUGAUGCGGCUGCUCAUCCCGAACAGUACGGAGCGACGGAGGAUGUGCGCCUGCUAGAUAUGAUGCCGGACGGGCAAGUCCCCCCGGACUCGUACCAGUCAAAGCUGCAGAAUACUUUGGUCUCCGAAGCUCGCUUUCUGGUCCGGAAAUUGGGCGUCGGCGGGAAGCUUCCAGAGGAUGCCGACGUGCCAGACGACCGUGAUGUCAAUCGCGGCGUGUUCUCCUACCUUCUGCAGCAUCAAAUGGAUCAGGGUCAUCGUCGAAAUGUUAGUCAGGCCAGUAUUUCCACGGUCGCUUCCCAAGACGAAGCUUCCCCGUCGGGGGCCAAUAACAAGAAGCGUCGGAAGCAAAAGUGGUAUGAGGAUGAAGGAGAUCGGUCGAAGGGCAAACGACCUAUGAAACAGAUUCGAUUGACCAAACAUAUUGCGGCGAUUUUAACUCGCCAACGAUACAUCAUGCUGCUGUGCCGUGCAAUGAUGAAAUACGGCGCCCCAACCCAUCGGUUGGAAGAGUACAUGCGGAUGACAGCCAACGUGCUUGAGAUCCAGGGCCAGUUCAUGUACUUACCGGGGUGCAUGAUCGUCUCCUUCGACGAUCCACUCACCAGGACCGCCGAAGUUCACAUGAUUUCGGUCGUGCCGGGGUUGGAGCUGGGACGUCUAGCACGCACGCACAACAUCUAUAAAAACGUGGUCCAUGAUCGAAUCAGCGUCGAAGAUGCCAUCAGCGAACUCAACCAGCUCAUGGAGCGUAAAAGUCGCUACCAUAGCGCGUGGAGCUUAAUCUUCCUGUCGGGGUUAGCCAGCGUCGCCGUCGGGCCCUGGGCCUUUGACGCGCGGCCGAUCGAUAUGCCGAUUAUCUUUGUCCUCGGCUGCCUGCUUGGGUUCAUGCAGAAUGUGCUCGCCCCGGCGUCACCCGUCUAUUCCAACGUCUUCGAGGUCAGCGUCGCUAUCCUGAUGUCAUUCUUGGCCCGCGCAUUUGGAAGCAUUCGAGUCGGUGGCGAGCCUGUUUUUUGUUUUUCUGCUCUGACCCAGUCCUCAAUCGCACUCAUCCUACCUGGCUUCUCCGUUCUGUGUAGCAGUCUUGAGUUGCAGUCCCACCAGAUCGUGGCCGGCUCGAUCCGAUUAGUUUAUACGAUCAUCUACUCCCUCUUUUUGGGAUACGGCAUCACGGUGGGCAUCACGAUCUACGGUCUUCUCGACAGCAAUGCCACCACGGAGUCCUCUUGCCCGUCGGCGAGUCUCUCGAUCUAUGGCAACGAAUACAUUCAGCACUUUGUCUUCGUCGCGAUCUACUGUGCGGUCGCCGCGGUGCUCAACCAGGCGAGGUGGAAACAACUGCCGGUCACGGUCUUCCUGGGUGUGAGCGGGUACGUAGCGAACUAUUUCAGCCAGGCGUUGGAUAGUAGACUGGCGAGUACUAUUUCCGCGUUUGCCAUUGGGCUGCUUGCCAACUUGUAUUCGCGUCUAUGGCAUGGGCAUGCGGCGGCGGCCAUUGUCCCGGGCAUGUUCACCCUGGUCUCGUCAGGUCUGGCGACGAGCGGAUCGAUCAUGUCGGGGUUGGCCUAUGCUGAGUCGGUCAAAAAUAAUACGGUCGCUAAAACGUCCAGCUCCAACACGGCCGUGCAGCAGUCCUUGUACGGCCUGGGCCUUAGUAUGGUUCAAACCGCUCUGGGUAUCACCGUGGGGUUGUUUUUUUCGGCCUUGGUCGUGUAUCCCCGCGGAAAGCAGCGAAGCGGACUGUUCAAUCUUUGA